CCUUACCCACAGAGGCGUUGGCCAUUGGAGCAGACUAUCAGAGCGAUAAUGGCCGCGUAUACUCUGCCACCGCUACAGUGUAUCCGGUCUUGCUUCCCUUCCAUAAAUUGUUCAUGCCCAGAUAUCCGAUUCUCCUCUGUCUCGUCUUCCUCCUCUGAGCUCCGCAGUCACUCCAUCUUCAUGAAUGGAAGGAGAGCAAUCUUGCCAGUCAGAACAAGAGCAUCGUCUGAAGGGGCUCCAAGCGAAUUGGUUGAGGACCCUAAAUUUGUUCCAUUAAAUGCUGAUGAUCCAGUAUUUGGUCCCCCAGCUUUAUUUCUGAUGGGAUUUGACUUGGCAGAAACCAGUAAGAUGCAAAAAUUCUUAAAAGAGCUGGAUGGUGAAUUUCUGAAGGUAACUCACCCAUUUAUUAACAUUUCUUCGAAACAUCCAAAAGAUCAAGAUGAGCUUGAGCAACAGUGUCCAUCAGAUGAGGGCAAACAUCUCCAUUAG